GCUGGCAAGUGAAGUCACGCUCCAAAAUUGGCGAGUGCAUCUGAUAUUCCUUUAUUACCCCUCAUCUUCAUAUUUAUUCACUGAUCUAUCCCUUUCUUUUCCCCCAAUUCAUAUAUUUCAAAACCCUAGAAAACUCAAUAAUCAAAUUCUAAUAACUUUGUAUUAGCGAAAGCAAUUACAAUCCCAAAUACUCAGUAACAAUUUUCAGUUAUUUCAUUAAUUCUUCGAUAAAGGUUGUGGCUGUUGAAAAGAAAUUUUGCUCAGAUGAGGUUCAAAAAGGGGGAUAAGGUGGAAGUAAUGAAUACAUCUGAGGUGCCAAUCUCAUGGCGUACUGCAGAGAUAGUGUCUGGUAAUGGCCACACUUGCAUCGUCAGAUAUGGUUCUGGUUUAGGAAUGAGAAGUGAAAAUUUUGAAGAAAGGGUAUCAAGGAAGAUGAUUAGGCCUUGCCCCGCUGUAGUGCACUGCCUGGAGACUUGGGCUCCUGGGGACAUUGUGGAGGUACAUAAUGACUACUCUUGGAAAGUUGCCAUUGUGCUCAGUGUUCUACCUCUUGAUCGUUAUUUGGUGAGACUACUUGGUUGCUCUCUGGAACUUAGCAUUCAUAAGUCAGGCAUGAGGGAUCGACAAAAUUGGAAAGACGGAAAAUGGAUUUUUAUCAGAAAGGGUUGUGUUCGAGCUGGAGCCAAGAGAUUUAACAAAAUAUCACCUCAAGAUUGUGGUCAGAAGAUGAAGUCGCAGCUGCUGACACUUGAUGCACCAACUAAAGUUCUGGGAGAAACUGAUGGUCUAGCCACCCAUGGAAAAAAUAGAGGGCAAGAGUCUUGUAUAAUCUCAUCAAAAUCCCUAAAGAGAAUGUCUCCUUAUUGUACAUCUGGUGUUGAUUCACUUUAUGGGAAUGCUCAGAAAUUUCAAGCCAUUGAGACAGAUAAUUGCAGGCGACGAGCAGCUCUGGCGACGACCUUACAGGAAAAGAAUUAUUAUGUCCUCUAUAAAGCUUGGCAACAUAUGAAGCUCCGUUUUGAGGAUAUUAUUGAUCAGUCCCAUGCAUUUUCCAGGGCCAAAAUGGAAGCACGCAUUCCUUGCUUCCAUAUGUAUAAAGACGAUGCCGGGAUGUGUGUCCAUUCAAGUGGCAUAAAAAGGGGAACUGCAUGCAUCUGCUUUCCCAGAAAUCUUGGCAAAUCACUCGUGUGACAGGUUGAAAUGGUUUCUUAACCAGCAACAACAACAACAUACCUAGUGUGAUCCCACGAGUGGGGUCUGGGGAGGGUAUAGUGUACACAGACCUUACCCCUACCUUGUGAGUAGAGAGGCAAAUGGUUUCAUAGAAUCGUGCUUUGUAUUUGCUAAGCUGGUGGUUUAUGUGUUUUUGACAAAAAGAGCUGGGAAGUUCUGUAAACUGUUACUAUUCUUUAGUAAAUCCAAAAGAUUGGUUGUGGCAUAUAUUAGCGAGAUAUUGAUGGAUAAUAGAUGGUUUUUGGAUGAGUUAAGUGGCUGAGAAUUUAUCAAGGUUAAGAAGUUGACAGCUGAACUUGCCUGCGAUAUUUCUAUGUUGCACUUUUAACUGCUGCUUUAAAUUGAAGUCAAUAGGCAGUCUUUCUAAGGAACCAGUUUGACUUGAUCAUCUAAAGGUUUGAAUUGAAGCCCUUCAGAUUAACAUUUCGGCUGACCUGUUAGUUCUUAUUGAUCUUAUUCUAAAGGUGUCUCAAGCCAGAAAUUACUGACUUAGUCCAUUCCUGGCUGCACUUUUUCAUAAUUUGGGUUGAGGUAUAUUACUUUCUCUAAAUCUUUUUCUGGCUGUAUUGGGUGGGGGAAGGUGUGCUUCACCUGCAGAGGUUCCAGUUGCUACGCCCGAAGAUGAUUCCAGAUACAUAUCUGAUGGUUAUCCUUGUCUUUUUCUGCCUAGCUAUGCAAUGUUGUAAAUUAUCAUCCUGCCAAACAUGAUGUUCCUGUCAUCUACCAAACUACUGCAAGUGUUUUGGGUAUUUUGGUUCCUUUUCAUUCCAAGCUAUAGUUAUCAUUAGCAACUCAAAUAUUUACAUGAGUCUCAAUAAAAAAAAAUAAAAAAAAAUAGACGAGAAUCUGAUAGGAGAAUAUGAGCAAUACCAUGUACUCUGCGGCUUAAUUGAUGAUUACUUUCUCAAUCUUUUAAGACCUAUUUAUCCUUGUUAAUGAAUGAAAAUACAUUUACUUGAUAAAAAAAAAAGACCUAUUUAUCCUCGACUAUGAGUGCUGAAGAUUGCUCAGCUUUAAUAAAUUGCACCUAGAUUUCUUUACUUCCCGAAAUGUUUUGGCACUUUCUCAAUGUUCUCUUAUAUGAAUGGAAGAGAGAGAACAAAGGUUGAUGGUGUUCCUAAUUCCAUUAUUGCUAUUUGAGGUGUUGAGUUCCUAUCUUUUGAAAAUUGGGCUUACAUCAGGGCAAUCCGGCACCAUGACGAGGUGUUCUAGGUAGGUGGUUUUGCUUUCUUUGAGGAACUUGAUUUAUUAUCUUGAAACGUGGAUCAUUGAGCUAAGGAGUCCAAGUCUGCAAUCCUAUAACUUACUUUGCUCUGCAACCAAUACAGGCCUUUUGUUGGGUUUACUGAUCUUUCUUAUCUCCUAGCACUGGUUUAGAGACAAGUUGUACAGGGAUUAGAGAUGCAAGGAUUAGUUAUGUAGGGUUUAAUAAUGCAAGUAUUGUUUCUUGUAGAAUGCUUAGCUUGAUAUAUUACAAAAAAGUAUACAAUGUAUAAAUAAUAUUUGUUUACUGUUUUAAAAGAUUAUUUUUAUCUUAAGAGGGUUGGUUAGUUUUGUCAUUUUGUAAUUUUAAUUCAUGUAUCACUAAUCCCCCCCCCCCCCCCCCAUUUCUAUUUCACAAUGUGCAAUUUAAUUUUGAUUUCUGUGUGGAGAUUAAAUAUAUUCACACCCAAACUAAAGAUGGUACGUUUAGUGUUGACUUACGUGGAGAUUAGUUAUGCUAAAACCCCAAUCAAACAACCCCAAAGUGUAUUGUUCUCUCUACAACAUCAAUGACACAAAGGUUCUCCCCCUCCCCCACCCUUUCAUAAUUGUUGUGCAUGGAUUGUUCAAGCUGGAAACAAGCCAUUAAAACUUGGUAUACUUCAGCCCUGUUAUUUUUUGCAGCACUCUGUGAAAGUGAACUCCCUUGCACCAAUUUGUUUUCCUUUCUGCAGUCAAUUUCACUGCCUGGGAGUUGGGGACAUGGCAAUACUGGCAUUGAGAUCAUCUAGGAGCGGCGAUGCAGCGAGUAGAAGCAGAGUAUUUGACCAAAUAAAAUGAAGAGUUUGUUGUGUUGUAGUCGUCGUUUUAUCCACGAUGCAGAAGCAAAUAUUUACUGCACUAUAGAUUCUUGUAAUGUACUUAAAAUACAAUGUUCACAAGAAUGGUGAACUUGUCAUUUAGCAGUUGAGUAUCACAAUGAAGAUGGCAGUGGCGAAUUGGAAGAAACAUUUGUACAGUGAUGAUGUUGAAAGGGGUUUAGCCCCGCCUUUGGCAUCCAUAACUAUCUGUUUCUGUGUGUAGCAUGCGCCUCGAGUUCAAUGUACAAGUGAAUCAGCCGUUCGUUGGA